CUUCCAGAAAUCCAGCAGAGCAGCUCUUCUGGCGCUGGCGGGGCUUCCACUGCAUUCUGCUUCCUCAACAUGACAGAGGACAGAAUACAGUCUGCAGGACUUUUAUAGGAUCGGUUUGAUUUGCGUUGAUUUGAGUUUUUUUCGCUGUUUCUGAUCGGAUAAGAAGUUUUUCCUGCAGCGCGCAGAGUCUGACAUGAGGAUGAAAGCCUCCACAUCUCUGCGCUCUGCUUCGCUUCCAGCCCAGCAGCUGCGCUGAUCCUGAAGUGACUUUGUGCUCUGUACCAUGACGGCCUGCCGGCGCGCUUCAGGGCUUUAGGAUGAACGUUGUGACACGUCUCUCUCUGCUGCUCAGCUGCUGGACUCUCUUCUACCUGCAUCCUGUCCGCGGCUCCCUCAGCCGGAGCGGACCCGCAGAGCGCACAGGAGGAACCCACCGUGGAUCCGCUCACCCCUCAGGGAGGCAGCCGGUCCCCGCUGCAGGGAGCUGGAAACCCCACGCAGGACCCCCGCUGAUUACAGCCGAGACAAUCCCGUUGAGAGGAAAACAGACUGCGGGAGGGAACCCUGAACAUCCGCAUCCUCACCAUCAUCAGCAGCUGGAGCAGCCGACCGGAGCGCUGGACCUGGGGCGCAAAGAGGCUGCGCGCUCCUGGCCUCCCGCUGCGGAUGCACGCCUCAAACCGCACGCCCCCGCACAUGCGGGAGGAGGUGUCGGAGUUGGAGAUUCACCGGGGAAACCUGGGGGAAAGGUCGCCGCCAGGGCGAGCGCAGCGGCGGCUGCGGCGCGCGGCGGCUUUCCUCCGGCGGCGCAGCGCGGAGCCGCCGCCAGGAGGCAGAAACUGGGCGACAAGCAGCCGCUGGUGACCCCGCACGACUACAUGCUGUCCCUGUACUGGUCCCUGAGCAGCGGGAACCUGAACAGCAGCGCGCUGCAUGAGGCCGGCCUGGCCAACACCAUCACCAGCUUCGUGGACAGAGGACACGAUGAUCGAGGGCCCAUGCUGCGACGUCAGAAGUACCAGUUCAACAUCAGCUCUCUGGAGCGGGAUGGGCUCCUGGGGGCCGAGCUCCGCAUCCUGAGGAAGCUGGUUUCUGUGGCGGCGGCUGAUGGAGGCUCGGUGCCCUGGUUGAAGCUGUACAGCUGCGCUUCAGGCCGGCAGAAAGCGGCUCUGCUCCAAUCCAGGACGGUGGAUGACCUCCUGGGCGGAUUCAGCAACAAGUGGGAAGUGUUUGACAUUUAUAAAGUCUUCAAGGGAUUCAAGAGCCAGCAGCUGUGCUUGGAGCUGGAGGCCCUGGAGCACCGAGGAGGCCGUCCGCUGGACCUGCGGACUCUGGGCUUCGCUCGACCCGGCAGAACCAACAAGGAGAAGGCAUUCCUCCUGGCGUUUGGGAAAAGCAAGAAGCGAGAUCUCUUUUACAACGAGAUCAAAGCACGUUCGGGUCACGACAACAAAACCGUCUACGAGUAUCUGUUCAACCAGCGACGGAUGAGGCGAGCUCCUCCGCCAAGAGGCGCCAAGAAACCCCUUCGGGUCCCCUCUCAGAUCCUCCUGCAGCACCAGGCGGCCAAGUCCAGGCCGCGCUGCCACCGCCGGCGACUCCAUGUCAACUUCAAGGACAUGGGCUGGGACGACUGGAUCAUCGCGCCGCUGGAGUACGACGCCUACCACUGCGACGGCGCCUGUGACUUCCCCAUACGCUCGCACCUGGAGCCCACCAACCACGCCAUCAUCCAGACCCUGAUCAACUCCAUGGACCCGGACACGACCCCGCCCACCUGCUGCGUCCCGACGCGCCUCAGCUCCAUCAGCAUCCUCUACAUCGACUCGGCCAACAAUGUCGUCUACAAGCAGUACGAGGAGAUGGUGGUGGAGUCCUGCGGCUGCAGGUAGCAGCCACAGAAAAUGGACUCCGUUUGUUCCAAGUUCUCUGAAAUCUACAAAGCAAAUCAUCACAGAGCAAAAGACACGCUGCUUUAUGGGGCCCGUUUGUAAAGUUACACUGUCAAAAAUUAACAGCAAUAAUUCGGAUAAUUUAGUUUGUCAUGAGAAAAAAGAUUUCAAAGUCAUAUUUUGACCAUGUUAUUCCUCCAUUUAUAAAUAUCACAGUUUUAAACUAAAUAUUUAAUUGGCAAGCUAAAUAUUUAGUUUGGAGCUAAAUAGUUUUGCUUCCUAACUGAAUGAUUAGCUUUAAGCUAAGUGUUGAGGUACAAACUAAAUAUUUAGCUUUAAUCUAAAUGUUAUGUUUGCUAUUUAAAUAUUUAGUUAGCAACCUAACUAAAUAGUUACUUUUAAGCUGGCCUACAGCUGAAUGUUUAGUUUAUUUCGAAUUAAAUAUUUAGUUAGUAGGUUAAAUGUUUAGCUUGCAAACUAAAU